AUUCUUGUGUACUUUCAAAACUGGACGAUGUACCGAAUCGCACUAGGAGCUCUAAAUCUUCGCCACAGCGGGUGGCCUGACGACCGCGCUUGCCCGGACCCGGACUGUCAAUGCCUCACUGAAACAAUUGACCACAUUUUGUGGGGCUGCAGAAAAGCGGAGGCCGCGUGGAUGACGUGGAUCAACAAGUGGAUGGGAUACACGACCCAACCACCGCAAAUAGCAGAACUUCGUGCGGCAGCAGCGACCAGGACAGCACCGCCA